AUGUCCAGCGACAACCCCACCGUCGCCUCCGCAAAUGAGUCCACAGGCGUCGAGCCUCUCAACACCUCGCCCACAGAACCCGUGCCGCUCAAGCAAGAUGUCGACCCAGCGAACGACGUCCCCCCUACAUUGACGGAUCUCCCUGCUGGAUGCGAACCAGUCGUCUUCCCACUCGAUCUAGGAAGCCGGACGAAGAACAAUCAGACUGUCUCCUCGUUACCCAGUGCGCGCGAAUUCGAAGAUCUGGUAAAAGCCAAGAUACGGCCACCGGGACCUGCGAGGGCAGAGGAAGUGCCGAUGGAGAGUGCGAAGAGCGAGUAUAAGGAGGUUUUGGAUAAAGUGGGUGUGGCGAUCGGGACGGAUGAGGUGAAGGUUUAUAAGUUAGAGACUGGGAUGGGGAAGGGGGAGGUGUAUGUUGUUGGGUUGGAUGUGGAUGGAGAAAGAAUCGUGGGUGUACGAAUACCGUAG